AGUUGAAAUUUUUCCAUUUUAGAAGCUACUCAUUUGAUUGGAGAGAAAUCUUUUCAUUUUUGGGUACCAUGGAGUCACAACUGUUCAAAAGUUUUCAUCUGCUUAUUAAAAUAUUAUAUGAAAAGCCUAUUUUGGAUAUUAGAUUCCUGAAAACUACAUUUUGACUAUAUACAUGAGUAUGUGUCGUCUUAAUGAAACAAGAGUACAUUUUCAAGCAGCAUUUAAUGGCCUCAUCUUUCCUUUAUUGUGUCUCCUUACUAUUCUAAAUUAUGGUAGCAAAUGUAGUUAUGGCGACAGCAGAAAAGGUGAGGUGCAGUUAAUUUUGUACAUGUAUAUAGAUUAUAGAUGAGACUGUGAUGAAAUUGAAAGAAGAGAUUACAUGGGAAAGGAUCUGUUGAGUAAUCUACCAGAUGAAAUUCUGGGUCGCAUAGUUUCUUUUCUGCCAAACGAAUCAGCACUAGAAACCAGUCUCCUUUCUACCAGAUGGAGAGACCUGUGGAAUGAAGCUGUUGUAAGACAUGGUAGUGAAGAGGAUAUCAUAGGUGUUGUUGCAGGGUUUGUGACAAGUUUUCAGGAGCUUGAUCCAUUGAAGCAUCCCAGAAAGCUUCAAUUUCACUUUGCUCAAGAGAGUGUGGUUUUGGCAACUGUUGCAAAUAACAGUAAGCUUAUGCUUGAUUUCACCCCUUGGAAGGAAGAGCUUCAAAUGGGGUAUGGCUUGUUCUUCAAGCCAUACGAGUCUUUUCCUUCCACUUUCUCAGUCAAAACCCUCUAUCUCAAAUCAGUGACUUCUUUCACCAGUGAGGUUGCUUCUUCCAUUGUUUCAAAUUUGGAGCACCUUCAGAACUUGGUCCUCAUUCACUGCAGAGGGUUGGAAUCUUUGAGUGUUGACUCCAUCUCAGAGCUUCACAGUUUAACCAUCUUGGAUUGCUUGGAGCUGAAGUCUCUCAAUCUCAAAACUUCUAAACUCAAGUCUUUUCGGUACCGUGGGCCUCUUCCUUUGAUUAGGCCAGAAUUUCAUUUCAACCUCAGUCAUGCCAUGCUUGAUUGCAGACUAGGACCGAGCUGCACUGGUUUCACCACCAGGGAUUUUGAUGCAACCCUAUUAACCAUAAAGAACUCUGAAGUUCUUACUCUGUGUAAAUGGACUUUUGAGGAAUUGAUAUGGCCAUCGAUUUGUCCUCUAUCUGGGAGCUUCAAAUUCUAUAAAUUAAGAGAGUUAUGGUGGAUUGACAACUAUAACAAGAAGGAAUUCAGCAUGGAAGCCUUAUUCUCCUUCUUGAAGCUAUGUCCUUCCUUGGAGCAACUUGUUGUGACUAUUGAUCCUGAAAGUUAUUCUGCUGAAGGGACCAAUUCAUGCAUAAUGAAAGAGACUAAAUGCACUGAACUGCAACAUCUUAAACUGAUAAAGUUUAUAGGUUUUCCUUGUCCAAAAGAUGAAAUCUCAUUGGCUAAAGGUUUAAUUCGUCUGAUCAAGGGAAACCCUCCAAAGAUAAAGUCUUCGGAUGGGAAUUUCUUGGAUGCAAUCUCUGUGCAGUGAUUUUUACAUCAAUCACAACAAAUAAAGAUUUGUUGCAAAUACCAAAGAAAGCAAGAUUGAGAAAAAGUCAUGUACUAAUUAAGCAUGUAUCAAGGUACUAUGAAUGUGUUUUUUUUUUUCUCUCCUAUUGGCUUUAUCUGUAGCCUUGAAGCAGGGUAUUUGCAGACUAAGGUAAUUUAGUUUUGAAGAAAAAAACUAACUGAUAAAAUCGUAUUUCAAUGAUGUCAUUCUCAAAUACACUUUGAUCAAAUUCAAUUUAACUUUUUCAA